AUGGCAGAGUUAGAAGCUAUUGAUAGUAGAGUGAAAACAUACCUGAUGGAUAUUGGAUAUGAUAAAUGGUCCCGGGCGCAUUCCAAGGCAAAUAGAACCAUGACCAUGACAUCGAAUAUUGCGGAAUCAGUAAAUGUAGCAAACAAGCACGCAAGAGACCUCCCAGUUGUGAAUUUGCUUGACUUUAUGACAACAUUGAUUCAAAAAUGGAAUUACACCAAUCGAAAGGAUGCAGUGGAAUCAUUUAUGAAGAUUGGUGCAAAGUGUGAAAAAAUAUUGGCAGAUAAAACUAUCUUAUCACAUACGAUGACGGUGUUGCCAUCAACUGAAUUCUUGCAUUUAGUAAUUGAUGGCCAAACAAGAAAUGUGGUACGCCUACAUGAAAAAAACUGCACUUAUGGGAGGUUUCAGCUAGACGAUAUUCCAUGUCCACAUGCAAUGACAGUUAUACAAAAAUUUCAUAUGGAUUCAUACAAGUGUUGCUCGGAUUACUACAACAUAGACUACUUGCUGAAAACAUAUGAGAUACCAGUAAAUCCUUUGCCUGAUGAAACAACGUGGCAAAUUCCAGAACAUGUCUCUUCGCAGGUGGUACUGCCACCAAAAGGAAAAAUCAAACCAGGAAGACCUAAAAAGAAGAGAGGCAUAGGAGGCUGGGAAGGAAAUAUAGUUACAUGUGCACUAUGCGGGAAAAAAGGACACAACCGGAGAACAUGCCGAAAUAUUCCAAAGAGAGAUUGA